UGAUGAAGAUGACAUGAUUUCAGAAUUUAGUGCAACCCAGAAAAAGAAGAGCUCCCUCCAUCAGACACGAGAAAGGCUGAAAAGAAGGAAUUACAGACCAGAGCACAGAGAGUCAGUGAGAAAAAUUAUAUUUGAUCGUGACGAUGACAUCCUUAUUAUGGAACCUCCCAAGCCUGUGCCCAUGUCAGAAAACAAGAAAGACAACACAAAUUCUGAAAACAGCCAGAGCACAAAGGGGGUGCAGGGCAGACCCUUCAUGGUAUCACCAUAUGUUUCCCUGAAGACCCAAAGAGCCAAUAGGAGAGCUGCAGGUGGACACCAGCAAAGCCUGACCACUAGCAGUUCCUUCAUCCAAGGCCUCAUCAAGAACUCCAUCAUGAAGAAUGUUCCAGAGAUGAUGACUUCGGCCUCAACCAGGGUACCAGUGGACGGUCAAACGGAGGAGGAACCUGACCCUGAGGACAUGUGGGGUCUCCUGCCAGCCCUCCCCCAGCAGUCCUCCAGCUCCCUUGCCGCAAGGGCUGCCAAGACCAGCCUGCAAGAAUCUGGCAUAACGGAGACUGCAGCCACGGCUCCAGAGAGGCCAACAACUGUCACCAGCACCAACAUUAGUGGUGCAGUCAUCACAUCAAAGGCCUCCAAGGUAAUGAGGAGUUUUUGGAUAGAAAGUGAAGAAGAGGAAGAGGAUAAAGACACAGAAGACACAGAGUCACUCUUCAUGCCCACACUCCCCGUGGCCUCACAGCUGAUCCAAGAGAGCACCGUGCUUCCCAGCUACAGCUCCCUUGGCCCCGAGCACUGGAUGUCAGUAGCUAGAGCUAUGCAGAAGCGAAAAAAGAACUCCUUCCUGAGACUUACAUUCCUGUAAAAAUGCUGCAUAAGUCUUACGGUAAUCUAAUAUUUAAUAUUAUGUUGUGUGUAGAUUAAUAUUGAUCAGAGGAUUUAAUUUUAAUAAUGUCUAUUUUUU